CUCUCCCGUCAAUCCAGUUCCUCCACAACUUCGUUUCUCUAUCACUUCUCGAUUUCGUUUCUUGCGACUAUGUCGGACCGCCAGUGGGGUCAUGACGGUUACGAACAACAGACCUAUGAUGACUACGAUGGGAAUGGGUAUCACAACUCUCGCGGAGGCGGUUCUGACCGGGAUUGGCGCCAAAAUAGCUAUGAGCACCAACGUAGUGAAGGGGAUUGGAAAAGAAGAAAAACAGAUGGUGACGGACAUUAUUCAGUUUCCAACCAACAAAGUUAUGACGAACGAUAUGAGGAUCACACCCAUCGCGACCGUGACUCCUAUGGCCACCGCCGUCCCGGAUGUCCAAAUCUUUCGGUUUUGCGCAAUUUCUGAGUCUAAACGAAGCCCAGCGUUUCUUG